AUCUUCCUCCGUCGCGCGUGGCGUUGAUCUCCAGAUCUUGAGCUUAACAUUGGAGGAAUUAUGGCGGCGCCGACACGAACACCUGAGGGGGCUGUCGUCAUCAACUACAGUGACCUUGUUUCUUCGCCGUUAUCUCUGACGCAGGCCAUUGAGGAAGCAUUUGGCUCGGAUCCCAAGAGCCUGGGGCUGAUCGUCGUUCGGGGUCUUCCGCAGGAAUACGUCAGAAAACGCGAACGGCUGCUCAAGCUUGCCCAUAAAUUCGCAAAGCUGGAUGAAGAGCGCCGCGAGAAGUAUACUGAUGCUGCUAGUAGCUAUAGCUUCGGUUGGUCUCACGGCAAGGUAGACAAUCCAAGCCAAGAUAAGGAAACGACCGCUGAUUGAUUUCUAGGAAAUCAUGAACGGGAAGCCAGGUAUUCUCUCAAUUCUUUGUAUCCGCUAAAUUCGUCGUGACGCCAGCUUAGAUGUCCUGAA